AUGUUGAUGAAAAGUAGAGACGGCCGAGAAGGCUCCGCCAGACUACUGGAUGCAGAGGCCGAGGAGAGGUCGAGCAACAAGCUCGAUGGGGUAGGCCUCGACUACCGGCGCAGUCUCGAUCCACUAGAAGCCAACAUCUACUUGGACGCCUUGUUCGGGCCCUUGUACUACAAGCUCGACCGGAUCCGAAAGGAAGGAUCUCCCCAACCUCGGUUUACCGACUACCGGCUCGUCUGCGUUUUCAUGCUUCUCAACUUCUUCACUCAGCUUGCCAUAGCCUUCAAGAUCUAUCAGGUGGGAGAUCACACUUAUGGCUUCAUCCGGGAUAGCUUGAUGGGCAGUACCUGCUGGAGAGUGUCACACCACCCCGAGCUUGUUGGGGUUGUCUAUCCGUCGAGUUUGUCGGGCUUGCUGGACCCCUCGGAUUCUGAUUACGACUGCCUUCCACCGAUCCUCACGCUGUCCAUCUUCCCUGAAAUCGUGGAUGCCAACAAGGAUGGGUUUUGGUCGAGCGAAGAAGUGACGGAGCGUCAGGUGCUCAUGAGCAGCCUGGGGAGCACCAUGGCUACGGAAUUGAACAACACCAUGUUCAACAUGGCGGUGUAUGAUGAGACGAACCGCAAGGGCUCGCGCAGCUCCUCUCAUGGCUCCCCAAGACUGGACAUGGAUUUCUUCAAGCAUUACAAGGGAGAGAUCCAGGUGUGCGUGGGCAACGACAGGAACUUGUGUGGGAACCUUGAGGGCUCCGGUCAACUCCGUGGGAUGCUUGAAGGUAAUCACCCAGCAGACCGCGUGGAGAAGUGCACGAGCGUUCUUGAGACCUUUUGCGGAAAGAUCUUCGGGACCGACUACCUGUGGCUUCAUCACCAGAACCAGGAUAUUUGCGGCAAAGCAUUUUUCCAAAGAAGAAAGGGCGUCAACAUCGCUCACUAUGCCGCAGUUUCCACAUAUCAAGGAGAGGCUGAUUCGAUUCUUGGUCGUGUUUUCAUCUCCUUCCUCGUCCUCAUGAUCUUCAUAUGGGUCAUGCUGAUGAUAAGCGAAUUCCGCCACAUCUACAACUUCGUCUACGUCGUUUGGAACAUGCGGUCAACCGACAACUCGGACCCUGACUUCGUCACCCAAACCGACGCAUUGAAGUGGAAUGUGGUAAAGCUGCCUAUUGGCCACAAAGUCUUUGCCUUGCUGGGCAUCGCUUUGCCACGGAUUAUCAUCGCCUGCGUUGUCAUGUGCGUGGGCUGCAGUUUUCUGGCGAUGACCAACAACCUCUUGGAUCUUGUGCUCAACAGCACCGCCCUUGGCUUUCUCAUUGAGGUGGACGACUUGAUCCACACUGCCCUGUUAGGUAAGAACUUCGAGAUCCAUGUCAUGAGCCAUUUCGAGACACUGGCGGUUGAAUGCCACGUGCACUCCGCGGCGAGCUCCUACGCAGCUUUGAUCGUGUCGUUUCUGAUUACGGGAGUCUUCGUCACGUACACAUAUCUGAAACCGAACGGAUUACAAGAUGUUGGCUUUGGUGUGGAAUGUUUGUGUCACCUGGAAGGCAAUUGCUACGCACAGCGCCUCCUGCCGCGCGGUAGUGGGCUGUAG